AUGCCCAGACACCAACGAUCGGAAGCUCGUUCGUUGUGCGAAACCCCCUUACACUUGUUAUGCACAACUCGUGACGUGAUUAGCACUCUUGCUUUCCAGUUGGUACCUUGUGUUCGCUUGCAGCAGACACCGAUUGUGUCUCAGGUUACCGUGUCUGAAUUGGCCAGAGUACCAAAUCAAACAGGUUAUUUAUGUUUCUGCCAGCGUCAUGUCUACAUGAGGUACUGCAUCUUUGGUGCAUUGAUCCACCGUGAACUUGGGCUGGUGGAGCUAAACCCUUUCGGUACCGUUGGCCACUUAUGGCGAGGCUUGGAUCUCGGAUCUCUUUGA